AUGCCACCAGAAUCCCGCAUACACACACAAAAUAAUGACAAGGAAGAGAAGGAAGAGGCUUACCUUCCGCCUCUUAAGCCAUCCGAGACCGUUCUCUCCUCCCGAUCCGCUCGGGCAGCGCUCCGCGCGCUGGAGGACUUUGACGAAUCACCCGAGAACCCGCGUAACUGGUCCUCACAGCGUAAAUGGCGCACCCUGUUCACGGUCGCCAUGACCGGCUUCAUCGCCACUACGGGAAGUAGUAUUGCCGUGCCGGGGAUUUAUGCGACCAUGAAGGAGUUUGGGACGAAAAAUGAAAGGAUUGGCGUGUUCGUUGCGAGCGCCUACGUUUUGGGACUCGGCGGGGGACCGUUCUUGUUCGCCCCGAUUAGCGAACUGUGGGGGAGGCAAAUCGCAUACCAGUCCUCCCAAGUGUGCUUUACGCUCUUCUGUAUGGCGUGUGCGGUUGCGCCCAACAUGACCGCACUCCUCAUCCUGCGCUUCUUCUGCGGCAUGUUCGGCUCCGUUGGGCCGACAUUAGGCGUCGCGACUUGUGCCGACAUCUUCGCGCCACAUGAGCGUGGCCGCCCUGUCUCACUCUAUGCGCUUGGGCCCAUGACCGGCCCAGUCCUGGGGAGUAUGCUGGGCUACUGGAUCCUCUUUGCAGGUUGGCGGUGGACGCACGGCGUCAUGGCCAUCAUGGCUGCAGCCAACUUUGUCCUACUAUCCUUCGUGCACGAGACGUAUGGCCCGGCCGUGCAGAAAAAGCUCACAUACGCCAUCAAGUUCCCACUUCCAGAUGUGUCGGGGCUUGAACGCCUGUCACCCCGCCGGUUCUUGCAUAAGCGCGGGUGGAUGCGAGCGAUGGUGACACGCGAGGACGCGACUGCGGCGUUCAAGAAGGCUUUCUCACGCCCUCCUCGGUUGUUGUUCGGUAACCCCGUCGCGUUCUUCUUCUCGCUGUACUACGCGUACAUUUACGCCGUGCUGUACCUGUUCAUCGUCAGUCUCAACCUCCUGUUUGGACAGCCGCCGUUCUCCACUCCUGGGCUGUUCUCGUACGGAUGGCCGCAGUCGACUGUCGGACUGUGUUAUAUCGGCAUGACGGUUGGGUUCGGGUUGAGCGCACUCACGGCCGCGAUGAUGCAGGACCGCAUCUACCGCAAACUGAGCAAGAAGAAUGGCGGGGCCGGUCAACCGGAAUAUCGCCUCGUCCUCACCGCUAUCGGGAUGUGUAUUAUGCCGCUAGGGUUGUUCAUCUUUGGCUGGACGGCUGGACGCACACACUGGAUCGGACCGCAGAUGGGUCAGGCCGUGACCUGCUACGGCCUGAUGCUGGCCUUCAACUCGAUCCAAAAUUAUCUUGUCGACGCCUUCUUCCCGUUCUCGGCUGCGGCCACUGCAAGCGCGACGUUUGCGCGUUCCGUUACCGCCUGUGUACUCCCCAUCUUCGCACCGACAAUGUACCGCAACCUAGGGUGGGGUUGGGGUUCGACACUCCUCGGCCUGCUUGCGGCACUCGCAAUCCCCGCACCAUUCGUCAUGUUCAAAUACGGGCAGCGUCUACGUGAGCGCUUCAAGUUCGAAGGAUGA